CCUCGGACAGGCCAAUAAAAUCCGACUGCGUUGCAUAACUGGACUGCAGUCGGUGCAGGUUCACCUCCACACAGUGGUUUACUUCUUCACAAUGGCAGCUCCGAAGAAAGUCUGCAUCGUGGGCUCUGGAAACUGGGGUUCUGCCAUUGCCAAGAUUGUGGGUGCCAAUGCUGCUCAGAAUCCCAAAUUUGACAACACCGUCAAAAUGUGGGUGUUUGAGGAGACGGUGAACGGGCGCAAACUGACUGAAAUCAUCAAUGCUGAUCAUGAAAAUGUCAAAUAUCUCCCUGGACACAAGCUACCACCAAAUGUGGUGGCGGUGCCGGACCUGGUGGAGGCGUCCAGCGAUGCAGACAUUCUGGUGUUUGUGAUCCCACACCAGUUUGUUGGGAGAGUGUGCGACACCAUGAAGGGCAAGAUAAAGAGCGAUGCACUGGGGAUGUCCCUCAUCAAGGGUGUCGAUGAGGGGCCGGAUGGACUCAAGCUCAUCUCUGACGUGAUCCAGGAGAAGCUCGGUAUCACCAUGAGCGUGCUGAUGGGGGCCAACAUCGCUAAUGAGGUUGCCGAUGAGAAGUUUUGUGAGACGACCAUUGGCUGUAAGAAUAAAAACCACGGGGCUCUUCUGAAGGAACUCAUGCAGACAAACAACUUCCGAGUUACUGUAGUGGAAGAGUACGAUGUGGUGGAAAUUUGUGGGGCCCUGAAGAACAUUGUUGCGGUCGGGGCAGGUUUCUGUGACGGUCUGGGCUUCGGUGACAACACAAAGGCAGCAGUUAUCCGGCUGGGCCUAAUGGAGAUGAUCGCCUUUGCCCGCAUUUUCUGCACCGCUGGCCCCGUGUCCUCAGCAACGUUCCUGGAGAGCUGCGGCGUCGCCGACCUCAUCACCACAUGUUACGGUGGCCGCAACCGCAAAGUAGCCGAAGCUUUUGUUAAAACGGGGAAGUCCAUCGAGGAUCUGGAGAAAGAGAUGCUGAAUGGUCAGAAGCUGCAGGGUCCAGCAACAGCAGCCGAGGUCUAUCUCAUCCUCAAGCACAAAAACCUGGUUGACAAGUUCCCGCUGUUUAACGCAGUGUAUCGGAUCUGCUUCCAGGGCCAUCCAGUCACAGAGUUCAUAAGCUGUUUGCAGAAUCACCCAGAGCACAUGUAAAGAAAAAACACUGAGUGCCUUCUCAACGGAGAACAUGACCACUUUCAUGUUACCUGCCGGAAAGAGUUGGAGGGUGAUGCGUCACUCCACAACUGUCAAGCAACUAAACGGCUCCAGCCAGCGAAAUCAUGUACAGGUUGCAUAAUGUCUUUUUAAGUACGAGCACUUUGUCCUGAACAUUCAGUUGCUGACUUUUUUUUUUCUCCCCCCCUUAAGUCUUUUACUUCCAGAUAUGUACUAAAACUUGGAGGAUAAUUGUUGGGAUUUCUCUUUCCCUCUGAUGGUCUUAAAGCUCUUUCAGCCUGAGAUAUGUGCAUUGUCUAAAGCCAUGUGAAAUCAGGAUGCAUGGUGGCACUUUUUAAAUCCCAACACUAAUACAGAAAUUCAGACUUCACAAGAUAUCAGUUAAUUAAGUUUGAACUUCAGAAGACAUGACAAUGACUACGAUUCAGUUACUGAAAUUUGUACAAUAUUUAUAUGGUACUACACAAUGCAUCCAGAUUUCUACAAGUCCAGCCACUCAGGGCAAAGAGUUAUCGACAGCCUUCUGUAGAGGGAUUUAUCCUUAUCUAAAAUUAAUAUUGCCGUCCAGUAAACGCCUGUCUGUCAACGCACGUUAUUUAAUUAUAGAUGUAAUACCGCACUUCCUAAUGUCUUUGUAUGCUUUAAGUGUCUUACAUAAUUCACUAUAACAUUUCCUGCCUUGUACUGUACAUGAACAUACUGUCAAACGCACAGAAACGGUUUUUAACAAAGAAAGCUAACGUGCCUUAAAAUGCAUGGUUUUUAAGUCUUUUCUGUUUAGUGUUUUUUUUUUUUUUUUUUUGCCGUCAACUCAAAAUCUUAAAGGAUGAUUCUGGUUCAUUUCAACAUUGAGUGUCCAAGUAAACCCACAUAUUAUGGCUCUAUGUCAGCUCUGCAUUCUCCACCUCCAAUACAGAGAUUUGGAAGGAAUGAAGAGUUACACAAAAUGUAGUAAAUCACCAGCUGUUGACUGCAAGUGUAAGCCUUCCACACAUUGCGAACGGCAUUUUUCUACCCUUCUGCAAUCUGCGUUUUGCCGUUUAUAAAAUCUCCUUUACUACAAGAAACAACAGCAACCUCAAGCAUAAAGCUACACAUGAAUUGCUAAGUAUCACUCAAGAUUUGAUUGUGCAGUAAUGCAAAUUAUGAAACAAGUUUAGAGUUUUUUGGAAAGCUACAAGGAGCUCACGCCAAUCGCCUCAAUAUACACUGCUUUGUACGAGCUUGAUUCCCAGAUAUCUGGAACAAAGGUGGAGAGUGUGAAGUUAUUAUGACCCAUAGAGCCACGUUAAAGACAAAAAGGUGAUACUAAUCCAAUGCACUGUCAAAUUUGGAAAUAUCUCCUCACAAGUCGUAAGCUGUCUGUUUUGUCCGCUCUGGCUCUGUAAAUGGAAACAAAACGGCUCAGACCAAACUACACGAUAUUGUCAAGUCCACCUCUCUUUCCCUCCAAAGGACGCAAGGACGACUCAGUUCAAAUUUCCAACUCAAACUUUUAUUUUCCUUUUAGUUGGUUGGUCAUGAUAUUGCAAUAGGUUGUAAACCUUUAAAGACAGAAACAAAGUUUAUAUCAUCAAACACAGAACCAAAAAGUUGACAUACUACCCACUUAACCAUUUAAAUGAAUCAAUCACUUAAACCUUUUUAAAGCAAAUAAAGAAUAACCAACAUUUUAGUAAAGUUUAGUAAAAUUUUAACAUUUAACUGAACAUAUAUAUUUUCUAUAUUUUUACUUUAAACUCAAAAUGAAACAUCUUAAUUCAAACUCAUUUGACAUAAAAAUGGAGUAAAUGCAGCAAGCUUUCAUUAACCAAUCACACAGUGAGCAGUUAACAUAAACUUGGCCAUAUCAAGAAACAUUUCAAACCACCAAGAAAGCAAAUAAACAUUUCACCAACCAUUGGCGUCUUUGGACUGAAUCCAUGAGUGGACUUGGAUCUUCUUUGUUCUUUCCUCGUGUCUUUCUCUUCUGAAGAUUGUUUGGCUGACUGACUGAGCUUCCCCCAGUCCUUCCCAGGUGCUCUAAAUCAGUGAUCACUGAUCAGGUGUCAAGCACCUCUUUGCUGCUGCCGGUGCAUUCUGGGAAGUGUAGUAUUUAGUUCCAUUCCCUGAGAUUCAGCUUAACAGAUAUUAUUCCAGCAUUUCCUAUGUAUGUUUGUACUGGAAAAGGAGUGGAGGGAAGAUGGGGGAGCAAGAGGGAUAGUAAAAACUGGCACUUGCCAACUAGCUAAAUGUCAACCGUCUUUCUCCAGGAUCACAGACCUUUUAAAUGUGAAAUGCUGCAGGUUGAAAUAUACCAGAAUUCUCCUUUAACAUAAUGCCUAUUCACUACGCCAUUUGUUAAUGUGAUCCUGCCUGACCCAGUUUUCCCUCGGUUACAUCUAAUCCCAAUAUUUGUUGGUGAAUAAAUUAAUUCAGGUGUCAAA